AGUCAUGGACCCCCAGGCCAACCCUGCCGAUGAGCUCAAUAUCAAAAGAACAAAAAGACAUUUUCGUCCAGCGCAUUACUUACUUAAAAUACAGUCAUACUCUCUACUAUGUGACACUGGGGUGGAAAAGUAUGACUCUAGUGUUUUUGAAGCCAAAGGAUACAAAUGGAGGUUGUCUAUUUAUCCAAAAGGAAACGAGAAAAUGAAUGGAAGUGGUCACAUCUCAAUUUACUUGGCAAUUGUUGACACCGAAAAGUACACUCUUGGCUGGGAAAUUUAUGUCAGCUUCAAAUUGUUUCUGUUCGAUCAAAUACAAGACAAGUUCUUGACCAUUCAAGAUUUUGAUGGGGUAGUUAGAAGAUUCCAUGAUAUCAAGACUGAAUGGGGUUUUCACAAAUUUCUAGACCUUAAAUCUUUCGAAGAUCUUUCUCAAGGAUAUCUUGUC